AUGGCAGGAAUUGAGGGUACUCCCAACAUCCCCUUGGAGACUGCCCGCAGGAAUGCAGACAGCCUCGGCAUCAACUACGAUGCCCUCCCUCAAAUGCCCUUCUGGACCCCAUUGUUCGGGAGGACAUCCGAGUAUCUCAAGACAAGAGUCGCAGCCAAGAUCAUGACUUCCUCGGCCUCUGUUGGGAGAGAGCUAACACAGCCUGAGAAGGAUGCCAUGUCAUACCACUUUGCAAAGUUGGUAAUCACCACCACAUAUGCGUCGCCGCUUGCAAUAGCAGCAACCUAUGGGCUUGAGCGAGCCACGCGCCCCAAAUUUGGCUUCCCUUUCUACAACCCAAAGCCGCCAAAGUUCAACAGUCAAAAAUUUCCUGGCCUGCCUGAGGGAAAGUACUCGUUCUGGGCUUGGCAAGGAACGCGGGUACUCACGUGGUACAUGGCCAGUAAGCUUGCCGUCAGCAUUGUUGCAACUUCCUACGCAAUCUCGGUGUACUCGGCCAACGCAGGCACGGACAACAGGCUCGAGGCCUACCGCAGGGAGAUAGCCCGUCGUGCGGGCGCCUCGGUGAGAAAUGGUCAGCAGAGAACCAUUCCACAGGGAUCCUCAGGGCAACCGCAUCAGCAAUAUCCCCAACAGAAAUGGGAAGAACCAGUGUCAGUAACAGAAACAGCCGGCUGGGCCAGCUCUGAACAAGCCGAAAAGGCAACGCCGACGCCUUCGCCUUCGCCAUGGACUGCAACGCAGAGCCCACAAACGGGGCGUCAGGACUCGUACAACCAGGACUCAUAUGUGUUUGAUGAUGCCUCGCCUGUGGCGCCAUCAGAACAGAGCAACUCGUCACCUCAAAACUCAAGCCAGCAAGGUGGAUCCGCGUGGGACAGGAUUAGGGGCCAAGCACAGGCAGCACGUAACCAGCCAGGCUCGUGGGCAAAGAAGCGCCAAGAUGAGAUAACCUCCCGAGGUGCCCAAGACGAAACUUCCUACAACUAUUCAACGGCGGACCAAGAGAAGGCGUAUGCCAAGGAUCAGGCGCAGAAGGAGUUCGACGAGAUGCUCGAGAGGGAGCGUCGAGGACAGGGACGCUAA